UAUGGAGAAAGCAGUGUUCAUUUACAAAACCUGUGGGUAGCUAUGACGACAGUGUGGAGAUUGUUAAGGGACAUGCAUCAAGUGACACAGUGUGAGUACGAGGCAGCCAACUACCCCGGCUACUAUAGAAGUGAGGAGGAACUAAGAGCUCCAUUCCUUGAUGAAGAUUCCCCGGUUGUGAAGGCAGGGCUGCGUAUCGAGUCUCUACUAAUGCAACAUGAACGUAUACACAUCAUGCCACAGAGACGAAAGGAAGAAAAGAGUGUAGUAUCUUCUUUUACACGGCAUGGGAACAAAGAAGAUUUGGACAGUUCCAUUCCUAAGUUCGUCUCUGCAAUACGCUCCUGGACGGAAUACAUGUUCACUCAGGCUCUCUCCAGUAGAUCGUCCGAGUCCAGGCGGGACGUGGUCAACUCACUCUAUGACCUACUGGUUGAACACAUCAAGCAACAGGACAUCUACACUUCUGAGUGGGAUAACAUCAUAGCAUAUAUCGUCAUCACGAAGGAGUAGAAGAGAAGACGUUUAACAAAGUGGUCUUCCUCCUAGAACGCACAUCUUACAGAGCUGAA